AACUUAGUGUGGUGUGAUCACAGGCUGCGCUACCAAUAUUGUUCUACUACGACAGAAACUGAGGACUUUCUGACCAACUUUGGCUUUUAUGUUCAACAAUUCUUUAUAUUUGUCUUACCAAAAAACAACUGUGAAUAAUGUUUUUCCGUUUAAUUCUUUUGAUUGUUUCCUUGAUGAGUUUUCUGCGCAACCUCCAUGUAUUCAGUUGUGAUGAAAACUGUGCAGAUAAACCUGUGUUCACUCCGUCCAGACUGGUAGUGAAGCAUGGCGACCGAACUUCUGCCAACUGCACUGUUUGUCAGCAUUGCCUCCCCAAUGCAGCCAAUGGUUUGGAAAAAUCUGUGGGUGUCAUAGAAAAAACCGAAACCACGAUUUCAUGGAUAAUUGGCACAAUGACUGAAUGGGACACAUCUGCCAUCUGCUAUUAUGCAAGCAAUGCUGGCCAGUGUUGUACCAAACUGCUUGUAACUGUCUACCAGCCUCCACAUAAUGUGGCCAUCAGCUUUGUUGAUCACUCUGGGCCGAUGUUGGAGGGUCAUCAGUACACUCUGCAGUGUACAGUACAGGAUGUUGCUCCUGUUAAAGACCUCACUGUGACCUUCUACAAAGGACACACAGCACUGGGUCAACUGCAGUCCAACAACACAGAGAAGACACCAGUGACUGAGAGCUUCACUUUAAACAUCAUCCCCAGUAACAAGGAUGAUGGAGUCCAGUACUGGUGUGAAGCCAAGCUAGAACUGGGACCUGAAGGACCACAGCGCCCUCCAGUGGUGAUGUCACAAAACAUCACUGCAACUGUCCACUAUAAGCCUCAUCGAGAGGGGUCAUCCCAUAGAGAUCCGAUUAACCUUACUGUUUUAGAGGGAACCCCUCUACAACUGAACUGCGCUGCUGUGGGAAACCCCAGCCCCUCAUACACCUGGACGCUACCAUCAAAUAUGACUACUUCCUCCAGUCGCAGUGUUUUCCGUAUCGGCUCUGUAGCUCUUCAGGAUAAAGGGCGGUACACCUGUUUGGUCAGCAACGAUGUAGGGACUAUCACUGUGAAUUUUAAUGUGGUUGUCCAACGUUUGGACCCAAAGACCAGACCGAAGAGUAGUACCAGCAGCAUACUGAUUCACGGGUUCAUAAUGUGUUUUAUGCUUUUAUUCUCUGCUCUGGUUUGAGUUCAUUCUGGGAGAAGGAAGCUUAUUGGGUGGUGAUGGAGCAGUGGACAGGACGCCUGCCUUUGAUGUGAGAGAUCCUGGUUCGAAUCCACUGUGAGACACCAUUGUGUCUCUGAGCAAGACACUUAACCCUAGUUGCUACAGAGGCGUGCGACCUCCGACAUAACGAGCAAUUGUAAGUCACUUUGGAUAAAAGCUUCAGCUAAAUGAGUAAAUGUAAGGGUUGUUUCGAGAAUAAUAACAAGUAAUAGCAUAUUUUUGUCAUAAAAAAUAUAAUUGGGCGAUUAAAGGCAUUUCACACAGUCCUUUAAAUCUGUUGUCAAUACAAUAGUUCUCUAAUACCAUUAAGAAGCCAACCUGUUGUGCCUCUUUGCAAUGUAAUACUGAUAUUUAAUCACUAGAGGGCAUCAGUGUGUGUAAGUUAGAAGGGUUUACAUGAUUUUUGCUUUUCCACAAAUGCAUACAUGGAACAAGCUCUAAUUAUAAAGUUAGAUAAAUUCAAGUGGCUAUAUUAUUGACCAUUAACCCUCUAUUGCAUGAGGUAUUUUUUGAAAAAUGAAAUGAAAAUUGUUUCAAUGUGUUUUUGUGGCUUAAAAUUGCUUUAAUAAUGUAAAUAUUAAAAAAAUAAUUAAUUAAAGGGGGGGGGGUUGUUGUUAAAUUGUUGCCAUAUGAUAACAAUGUGCAAUUGUGGAAGAUGCUGCUUCUCUCAAAACAUGCUUUUAUUAUAAACAAGAUUAAACAAAUUCAACUUAAAUUGAUAGCCCAAUGUUUAUACUGUGAAAUUACUUUCAGUUUUAAUGUAGUUUGUAAUUUAUGUAAAUAAUAACACAUCACCCCUUGUCCCCAAAGUAGUUCCGCUCUUGGUUAAUGCAGGGAAACACAUUUAGAGCACCUGUUCCCCACAAUGCCUUUACAUCUUGGCAUUUUGCAGGAGCUAACUCUGCCCAGCUCACUGUUCCUAUCCCUUAAAAAUAAAAGUUGUCUUGCAUGUUCUAUGGAUAAAAUCAACAUAUGUAAGCAGACUUUACAAUGUAAAUAGCACAAAAUAAUAAUAAUACUUCCUACAAUUACAAUUAUUGUACAAUAAGAACAAUAUAUCAAUGUGUUUCAGCACCUGUAAAUCAUUUAUAAGAUAUUAUAUUCCAACAAGAAAACAUUGUCUAAGCUGUAAACAAUAUUGCACCAGUGUAAUUUGAUUUUGAUUUUGAUUUUAAAGCAUUGUUGCCAUAUGACAAUGCCAUGAAAUAUUGGGUUACAGCCAAGCUAGUGUGUCUGUGAGGCUGUACUUAGACACAGCAGUGCUUUGAGCUAAAUGCUAAUGUCAGCAUGCUAACAAUGACAAUGCUAACAUGCUGAUGAGAUUUAAUAUCUUUCAUGUCCGCUAUCUUAUAGUUUAGCAUAUUAGCAUGCUAAUUUUGUUAACCCUGCACUAAACAUUAGCACUAAACAAAAAGUGCAACUGAGGCUGGUGGGAAUGUCUUUAAUUCUGCUGAUAUUUUGUCAUAACCCAAAUAAUUGGACACAUUUAAAUUUUGACUUAAAGAUAGUGCUAGAUGAAAAGUCAAAGACUCACCAAAAUUAUUGCAAUUAUAUCUGAGGGGAAAUUAAAGUUUAAAAUGAAUUCUGUGCCAAUCCAUCUGUUAGAUGUUAAUAUAUUUCACUGAAAACCACCCUCAUGGUUGGGCAAGAGGAAAUGUCAGAGGAUCACCAAAUUCAUUGGGAUUCAUCCUCUGGGGAAUAUGAAUAUCUGCGCAAGAUUUCAUGGUAAUCCAUCUAAUAGUUGUUGAGAUAUUUCAGUCUGAACCAGUGGUGGACUGACUAGGAAAUCAACCUUCCUAGAGCCACGCAGUUAGCAUGGCUUUUAAAAAAUGAUUAUGUUGUUGCAAUAAUUGUGUUUCCUGCAUGUUAUGUUUCAACGCUUUAUGUUUUAUUCAAUGAAAUCCACGAUGUGUUACUUUA